AUGUGUUCAGAGGUCGUUCAUGUCAUGGUCUCAAGCAUUGUAGUCUUGAUGAUGUUUAAUUUUGUCUUCUCAGAUUUGGCUGCGGAUAAACGAGAGUGUAAUGAGCAGUUGGCUAGCCUCUCAGCAUGCCUACCUUUUGUCGGCGGCGACACAAAAGUUCCUACUCCAACAUGUUGCAGCGGAUUACGAAAAGAAAUUAGCAAGACAGAGAAGUGUCUAUGCAUCAUAGUUAAGGAUCGCAAUGAACCCGACCUUGGCUUCAAGAUCAAUGCUACCCUUGCAUUGAGCCUCCCUUCAAUUUGUCACGCUCCUGCUAAUGUUUCUGCAUGCCCUGAAAUGCUACAUCUGGCUCCCAAUUCAACAGAUGCUCAAGUUUUCGAGGAUUUUGCAGCAAGCAAUCAGAGUAACGCAGUUGUUGCCGGCGUUCAAACCAGUUCAAGCAAUACAAUGAAGGAAAAGAAAUGGCUUGAAGUGAGCAUGGUUGCUGUUAUCACAUCAGCUCUCACCAUCGCGGGUUAA